ACGACUGUUACACUUCCGGUAUCUCUUGACACGUCGUUACAUAGAGAAACAAAUAAAGAGGGCGGAGUUUGAGAUAUACAUCUCUUAUUGGCUACUGAGAGAUACCUCAGGGGCACGCGCAGCAAUGUGAUUGGUCGCUCAGCGGAGCUUCCGAUUGCUCGGAAACGUUUUCGGCUAUAUCUCAAAUAGCUCGCUAGUUUCUAUAUAUGUUGCCUACAAAAAAAGGGGUGGAAUAAGUCGUGAUACACCCUAUGUAGUGCCCUAAACAAUCAAAUUGGAUGCAUUUGGGAUUCAAUCAGUCUCCCGCUGCCUCGUGUUUAAACGUUUAAGUGUCACUUUCUGAUUCGUCCUGGUUACUGAAGUGUGACAUUUUCGUGGUGUUGGUGUUCUGAUCUAGUGGAAAUCGUUGGGGUUUUUUUUGUAUUGUCAUGGCGCAUACAUAUAUUUAUAAAUUGUUUCGAAACUAGUCGAGAAACAGGAAAUGAAUACAUCCUGACCACUAGAGGGCAGAGCACUGACGUCAUUGCGUCAUCUUCAAAGCCGCGAAGAAAAACCGUUUGGCGCGCGGGCUUUGGAAAUGGCGGAGGACCGUGAAACAAACAUGGGAUCCGUGUCCUCGGAUUCCCUCAAGCUGUACGAGGCGCAGUUCUUCGGCUUCACCCCUCAGACCUGCAUGAUGAGGAUGAACAGCGCCUUCCAGGACUGUCUGUACGAGAUGCUCGUAGUCGUCGAGUCAGUGUUUGUCCGAAAACUGUCCCAGGGCAAAGAUCCGCCCGAAGAGCUUCGCGUAAAGACUCGAGAGUGCACGCAGAAACUGCUGCAGUUCCUGCAGGAACGCUUCAGGAAGCUGUCGGCUCGCAUGGAGGCUCUGCUGGUGAGCAGUGUCCUUUCGGUGCCCGAAAACGUCCUUCUGCCUGAAGACGAGUCUCACCGGAAAAACCCGGAGAGCAACGAAGAGCUUUUAAAGCUGGAGGCUUCGACCGCAGAGCUGCAAAAGUCUUACGAGGCAGAGAUGUGUGCGAAACGAGCUCUCCUGGCCGAGCUCGCGGAGCAGAAGGAAACGCAGGAGCAGCUGGACGAGGUGCUGCAGUGGAUCGACGAGCUGCGUUUAUCCUGGAGGAAGGAGGGAAUGGGAAAUAUCCGAGACAGCUUCCAGAAUAUGAUUGAGACUGUGAACCAACUGCAGGGUGAGAUGGAGACGAUCCGGAAGAAGAGCAAAUCCUUAGACCUAAGCCGGAACAGCAGGAGUCUGCUCGCUACCAGUUUAGCAGGAUGGAGGUGAAUCAGAUCAGGAAGGCUGCCAAACCCACACACACUUAUGGAGCGUGUCGCAAAUGCUAACGUUUGCUAUGGGUUCUUAAAAGGUAAUUAAUUGAUGUUGGGGAAAAACUAAGAAAUAAGAAAAGCGUUCUUGAGAAUGACUUGGAUGCCUUGUGUUCGUGCACGCGUACUUUUCAGUGCUUUAUCGUGAUCAGGGCCAAGGUUGGAUUUGGAGCCUAUCCUGGGAAUACCGGUUGUGAGGUGAGAAUACACCCUGGAUGUGAUGGCAGUCCAUCGCAAGGCAGCAUGCAUGUACAAAUUCACACGCUCAUUCACACCUAGGGGCAAUUGCUCAUAGCCAGUCCAAUGCUUUAGAAAAUGGUAGUGCCAAAGCACCCCGUUUCAGUGGUGGCUCAAUGGUUCAGGAAUCGGGUUACUGAUCAGAAGGGGUGGGGGUUAAAGCCCUCAGGCGUCCACCAUUGGGGUCCUUAACCCCACCUGCUACCCACCAGCACCAUAUCAUUCUGACCCUAUGCUCUGACUCCAGCUUCCUAACAAGCUGGGAAAUGUGAACAGGAUAAUUUCACUGUACUGCAUUGUAUUUGUGAUGAACCAAGGCUGCUAAUGGCAUGUUUUUAGGAGGUGGAAGGAAACCUGAGGUAUCCCAAGCAGAUAAGUGGGGAAAAUGCAAAACUUCAUACAGAUAGUAACCCGAGCUCAGGAUCAGACCGGAGACCCUGGAGCUGUAAGAUGCCAAUGCAACCCACUGCAUUCAGGAUGAUUCUUAAAAAUGCCUAAAAAGCCAUAAUAUAAAAUACUAACUAGACAUGAACUGUGGCCUUUACUGCAAAACUGUGAACUGGAAACACCUCACCUGAACACAUUAUUGGGUAUGCUAAUAAAGAGUCCUUAUCUUCUACAUCAACUACUAAAUCUCACUAGCGGCUAUGAUGAAAGGGUUGCGUUGAGCUUAAAAUGUGAGUUUAAUUGGCGUCAGACGCAUUACUGCGGUCUUGCGAGCAUAUGAAAUUUCCCCUAGGCCGGAAUGACCUUGGACAGCAAGCCAUGAAUGCAAUAUUAAAAUAAAAAAGCACUAACAUUAUGCUGAGGUCAUGUAUUGAAGUGGUCUACAUCUUGGAGGUUAUGGCUACAUGCCACUAUUAUGCAUGAAAUUCAGAGUAUCGUAGAGGCGCCCAAGAGAAAUAGAUUCGUAGUGAUGCUUCUGGAAAUCAUUUGCGUUAAGUAUUUUCCCAAACCAAACGCUGGGGUUGAUAAAUAAAAUAUGAUGUGACUUGAAAUCCACACGCUCUGUCUGCGAAAGACCAUCUGAGAGUGUAAGACAUUAGUUCAAAGCCUUCAGGCAUUUUUUAUUCUCUGUGCUGGAGCCAUAGCAUUAGAGAUUGGUAUUCCACUCGUUUAUCACUGAAAGUUGCAGUUUCCUUCUGUGAAUCAAAUAUGGGAAGUUCAGAAUGUCACACGGCAUUCAUAAAUAGGACACGUAUAAUCAAUACAUCAUUUUUAAAGCGUCGUGCUGCUAAUCUAUAGCAGCACCUUGUAGCCAGACUUGUCAAUUAUGCGUAUUGAUUUUUAUUUAUUUAUUUUAUUUGAAGUCAGGUCGGGAUUAACUUGUUGAUCGUAAUGCAGAUUUGUCCUGCUAAAACGUUCUGUUCAAAUUACAAGUCUUCCAACUGAAUUCCCUUUCCCUCCACUUUUUUAUUUUUUUUCUUUCUCACAGACUUUACCUAUUGGUGAACAGCUGUGCAGCCUUGAGAGCACAGAACAAGGAUGCAAGUAUAUUUGUUUUAUCUUUGUUUUUUUUGUUUUUUACGUUAUCGAUUUUGAGUAAGAUGUCAACCUGUUCAAUUGCCUGAGCUAAAUUCACGUUUCCUUUUCACUAAUCAGACCCCACAUGGUGACUUGCUGGAGAUCCUUUUUUUUUUUUUUUGGGUUUGCCAAGUCAGAGGCCUUUGUUCAAUAGCACUUGUUCAAGCUGUGAGUUUUGAUUGACCUGCAGGACCCCUUUUCUAUCACAUGCUGCAAGCUGUAACUGGGAAAGAAAGCAAGGUGGAGGAGCAAGAGCAAGGUGGAUCUGAAAGAACCUUAAGGAACCAUAUGAGUCAGUGCUUACUUUAUGAUUUGAUAUGAAUUACCAUCUGAACCAAGUUAUGUGUCAAAAGGUGUACCCAUGCUACUCUAGGGUCCCCUGCCUGAGAAAAACAGAGUUUUGUAUAUUCUCCCUGUAUCUGUUUGAGUUUCCUUUGGGUUCCCCGGUUUCCUUCCAUGCUGGUAUUGGAAACAUGGAUUGGCUAUGCUAAACUGCCUCUAGGUGUGAACGAGUGUGGGACUGUGCAUGGGUGGUAGCCUGCCAUGGACUGGCAUCCCAUCAAGGAUAUAUUCCUCUUGUGUCCUGUAUUAAAGGGAUAGGCUGUGGAUGGACUGACGUCCCAUCCAGGGUGUAUUCCCGCCUUACAUCCAGUGUUCCUUGGAUAGGCUCUGGAUACUCUUGACUAGGAUGAAGUGUGUACUGAGGUUGAACGAAUGAAUGUUUGACCAAUAGCUUUCCUUCAAGGCAUUAAUAAUAAUAAUAAUAAUAAUAAUAAUAAUAAAGGGAAAGACAGCAAUGUGAGACUGUUGGUUUGUCCAUUAGUUUGGUAACAUUUUAAUUGCAGUUUUUUAAAAAUCCAUUUACUGUAUAAUUCACUUGUACAUACCACACACACCGACAAAUUCCUUGGGAAAUUCCUUGAGUCCUUGAAAUGUACUUUCCCCUUAAACAGCCUGACCAUUUCCAUCACCAAGUUGACAAUUGUUAUUCGGAAACAUUCC